AUGUACUCUAAUAUUGUGGAGUCAUUUAACAAUUGGGCGAAAGAGGCACGACAGCUUCCAAUAACUCCUAUAAUCGACAUGCUACGAUAUAAGAUGAUGGAGUUAAUGCAUGAGAGACGUGAUCGCUCUCAUAAAUGGCAGACAUAUCUAGUUCCUAAGAUUGAGGAGCUGAUAAAUAUGAACAUUGAAAAUGGAAGGGGUCUUACAGUCCGAUAUUCGAAUGGCGAGCGGUUUGAAGUAGUCGCAGAUUGCCGAUACGAAGUUAACCUUAACACCCAUACUUGUUCAUGCAGGUAUUGGCAGGUCUAUGAUCAUCUUUGCUCAUAUGCAUGUGCUAUGAUAAUUAGGAAGUAUGAGUUAGUGUAUACAUAUGUAUCUGAAUUUUUUACAGUGGAUGCUUAUCGAAGAAUAUAUGAGCAUGCCAUCUUUCCUAUCGUAGACAUUUUUAAACCUACAGGUGUAAAAUGUGAGGAUCUGAUUAUAAAACCACCUAUAACCAAACCAAAGACAAGAAAGCUUAAGAAGAAGCGCAUUAAAUCCCAGCCAGAGGAAGUCCAUCUACUUAAAUGUGGGAGAUGUCAUAAUGUUGGACACAAUCGGAAGACAUGCAAUGCUCCAAUAGCUGAAGAAUAA